GUUGUAUUCUUUUCCGUUCAUUGUAACAGCAGUGGCGCAUCUUGUUUAUAUUAAUAUCUUUGGCGGGAUUAUAAAUACGCCAUCGUUUCCGUAUAUUGGAUUGAAUGUGGCUAGCAAGCGUUUUAUCCGCUGUUUUCAAUGACAUUUAAAAGGGUGUGGAUAAGAAGGCUUAAUUACAAUGACAGGAGAGACAGAAAAUACGAACGUGCGUGUCUCUGACCAUGCAGAGCUCGCCUUGCUGUGUCAGAUGUUUAACAGAGAGGAGUUGUUUACGAUGGCUGUGCGGUAAUGUCAGUGUACUGCUCUGAUGGUGUCAAAAAUGAGGAUGGGCAAUUUGCGAUCUCAGCUUUAACAUCUAGACAGAUUGUUAAUAAUUCCUAAUUAGUUUCUUGUUUGAUUUGAGUAAGAUAGUUCUGCGAUAACAAUGGAGUACAUAACUGAGGACAUUAGAGAGGACUGGACUUUGCUACUCUGGACCACAGUUGCUGUUCUAGUGCCGGUGCUCAUUACGCUGUGGUGCAGCUUUCAGCGUCCCAAACGCAAAGUUAUGCUGCAAGGUCUAUUCCGAAAAGGCAAACAUGGCUGGCACUACACGGACCUGUUCAACAAGCCCACCUACUGCUGCAUGUGUUCUCAACCCAUCCUGCAAGGGGCGUUUUGUGACUGCUGUGGCAUAUGUGCGGAUGAGGAGUGCAUACAGAGAGCAGAUCGUAACCUUCCAUGUAAGGAAAUCAUGACUCAGAAAGAUGGAGAGUUCUGCCACCGGUGGGUCAGGGGUAACCUACCCCUCACCAGCCACUGUAGUGUGUGCAAACAGCAGUGCGGGACACAGCCUAAACUCUGCGAUUAUAGGUGUAUAUGGUGUCAAAGCACAGUGCAUGACGACUGCCUGUCCAGUCUGAAAGAUAGAGAUCUAUGUGAUCUGGGAGAGUUCCGGUCUGUUAUAAUACCUCCAAACUACCUCUUUCAAGUCAACAAGCUCUGCUGCAGACACCCAGAUGAGUACAGCAAGCUUGCUGCGCUGUGUGGAAGUGGCUGGACUCCAGUCCUGGUUUUAGCAAAUACACGAAGUGGCAACAAUAUGGGGGAUGUUCUACUGGGAGAGUUUCGUACCCUUCUCAAUCCUGUGCAGGUGUUUGAUCUCUCUGAGCUUCCCCCCUCUAAAGCUCUUCAGCUGUGUACUAUUCUGCCCCCGGGCAGUGUGCGUGUCCUGGUGUGUGGAGGAGAUGGCACUGUGGGGUGGGUUCUGGAUGCAAUCGACACAAUGAAGCUGAAGGGUCAAGAUCGUUUUAUCCCUUAUGUAACUAUCCUGCCAUUGGGCACAGGAAAUGAUUUAUCAAACUCUCUGGGAUGGGGACCUGGUUAUGCUGGUGAGAUCCCAGUAGAACAGGUGCUCAGGAAUGUUUUAGAAGCUGAGGUGGUCAAGAUGGACAGGUGGAAAGUCCAGGUGGUUUCAAAAGGACACUACUUUCUGAAAUCGAAGGUGUUGUCCAUGAAUAAUUACUUCUCAGUGGGUCCAGAUGCUCUCAUGGCGCUGAACUUCCAUGCACACCGGGAAAAAACACCCUCCUUCUUUUCUAGCCGUAUCCUAAACAAGGUAGUGUAUUUCCUCUAUGGCACCAAAGAUUGCUUAGUGCAGGAAUGUAAAGACUUGGAUAAGAAGAUUGAGCUAGAACUGGAUGGAGAGCUAGUGACAUUGCCCAGUCUGGAAGGUAUAAUAGUGUGUAAUAUUGGCUACUGGGGUGGUGGCUGUAGACUGUGGGAGGGAAUGGGAGAUGAACCUUAUCCUCCAACACGUGUGGAUGAUGGUUUAUUAGAGGUGAUGGGUGUGUAUGGCUCAUUCCACUGUGCACAGAUCCAGGUGAAACUGGCCAAUCCUGUCAGGCUAGGACAGGCACACACAGUACGGCUGGUGUUGAAGAGUUCGCAAAUGCCAAUGCAGGUGGAUGGGGAGCCGUGGGCACAGGGUCCAUGUACCAUCACCAUUACCCAUAAGACCCAGGCUCCCAUGCUGUAUCACAGUACGGAACAGACAGAUGAUGAUGACUCCAGCCUGUCAGACACUGAAGAACCUUUAAACAAUCUCACUGAGCAGCAAGGUCCAAGUAAAAGAGUAUCAGGAAAGCCAUAAGGCUCAUGAGAGAUCCAAAAAGUUGAAGGACAGGCAAACAUCCUGUUGUGUUUUUACACACCCUGAUGUUAUGUCAUAUAUGUUUUAACUAUAAUAUUGUUAAAAUAAUGUGCAUGUGCUACUGUAAUAGCUACAUCUGCUGUGUUUAUUCCUAAACCCCCAAAGCACAUUCUGAAUUGUCCACAAGAUGUAUGUCUCCAUUGAAACAAGAGAUGUGUAGAUUUGCGUGUUUGUUUUGCUCAGGAAGUGAUACCUUAACUGUGGCUCAGGUUUUGGCCUAUUUAAGUCCAAAGUUAUAAAAGUAAAAAAUACAUUCAGUGGACAAUGUUUCUUAAAUGUUUCUUAGUUGUUUUAUGCUUUGUCUUGUUUUUGUUAAAUGGAUAAAUAUGUUUUGUUCUCUACCAAACUGCACUUUGUGUUUGAAUUUGCUGAUUAACAACUAUUUUUGUAUUAUAUUAGAUGUACUUUUCUCCUGUUACAAUGUCUUUGCAUCCCACUUAAAUAAAAGUGAAAAAUGUUUAA